AUGUCACCGUGGCAGCUUCUCCGAGCCAGCAGAGCGACCCAGGCAGCUGUGGGUUACCGGGUCCGUCAUGCAUCUGGAGGUUCGGUCCAUUACAGCACAGCUCCUGUUGCUGCUGAUGCUUUGGACAGCAGCAGGAGCUUCUGUCUGUCCACAGAGAAAGCCACCAUGCAGCAGCUGAACAGCAGGCUGGCAUCGUACCUGCAGCAGGUCCAGUGUCUGGAGGCGGCCAAUCAGAAGCUGGAGUGUCAGAUCCAGGAGGAGCUGGACAAGAAGUGUCCUGGAGAGCUGAGAGAGCUGGACGGACACCUGAGCACAGUGUCCCUGCUGCAGGACCAGAUCAGUGAUUGUCUCUCGGCCCAGGCUCAGGUGAAGCUGCAGCUGCUCAGUACAGAGCUCACCAUCUUUGACUUCAACGUCAGGACUGAAAAGGAACGUGAGCGCCGUGGCUAUCUGGAGGCGGAGCUUAAUGACCUGAGGCUGCUGAAGGAGGAGCUGCAGGUCCACAAACUGCCGGAGAUCCAAAGUCUGCUGAACGACCAAUCGCAACAACUGACGGGCCUGCAGAUACAACACCAACAGGACAUGCAGGUUGUCCUGUCCCAGAUGUCAGGAGGCAUCACUGUGGAGAUGCAUCCUGCCCAGACGUUAGACCUGAUCCAGCAGCUGGACCAUCUGAGACACACGAGUGUGGCGCUGCUCGACAAGAACCAGAGCGAGCAUUGGUUCAACACCCAGGUAUCCAUGCUGAGUUCUCCUGAGGUGACCUUUGACCCUCCAGCAGAGUCAGAGGUCAUUCAGGCCGAGCUGGAGGAACUGAGGAGAACAGCAGCGAGUCUUGAAGAAGAGCUGAGACAACUCCAGGCUCUGAACAUAGUGUUGGAGGCCUCUGGUCUGGACCAGAACGAGUCCUUUGUCCAGCAGCUGGAAGUCCUUCAGCAGAGAGCAGACAGUCUGUGCUGGGACCUGGACUCAGUGUUGCAGGCUACAGCUCAGCAGGCUGCAGACCAGCAGACCCUGCUGGACAUCACAACCAGACUGGAGACUGAGAUACAAGACUACAGGAGACUGCUGGAUGGACUGAGCCCAAAGCGGUAUGAGAUGAUGAUAACUGAAUAG